UCAACCUCAUCGGAAGCUGUUUAUAGGAUGCUGGCCGUCAUCCUCUUAUUGUUUCUUGCCUUAAAAACAUCGGGUAUUGAACUGACGUUUGAAUUACCUGACAAUGCGAAUCAGUGCUUCUUUGAAGAAAUCAAAGCUGGAGAAGAUUGUAUGAUAGAAUUCCAGGUAGUUACCGGUGGACAGUAUGAUGUAGACAUGUCCUUGGAAGACCCUAAUGGGAAAGUUUUAUAUAAAGAUGUCAAGAAACAGUAUGAUAGUUUCAACUGGAAGUCAGAGGUAGCUGGCACGUACAAGGCAUGCUUCUCUAAUGAAUUUUCUACUUUCUCUCACAAGAUUGUUUAUAUGGACUGGCAAGUCGGUCCACCUGAUCAACAUAACAAAGUACCAGCUUCGUCUGAUCAUGCUAUGACUACUCUUGAAAAUUCUGCUGUUGCUAUAGCCGACAAAUUGCGAGUAGUGGAUGACUAUCAAACGCAUCACCGUCUGCGCGAAGCUACAGGCAGAAAGCGGGCAGAACAGUUAAACGAGCGUGUGUUAUUAUGGAGUUUGGGCCAAACAUCUCUCAUCAUUCUCAUUGGAAUUGCUCAGGUUCGAAUAUAUUGUGGUUCGAAUUUUUUAGAGGUAUAUAUCUGGUGUCUACAUGUUUGA